AUGCGUUCUAGCCUCCACGCCCACGUGAGAAUGGGAGAGCACGCCACGUCACUGCAUGCGAGAGCACUCCUCCGGCCGUUAAGACGCGCCGCCUCGCUCCUCCUCCUCCUACACCUCCACCUCGCCUCCUCCGCGUUCCUCGGUCUCGCGCGAGCUAAUGAGUCGUUGGAUGCUCUCGAGGCUGCCGAGCAUAUAGACGCUACCGAGCCGGCGGUCAACGCGCGGACUCCACUCGAUGCGCGUAGCUCCCUCGAUCAUGCUCCCCCCGAGCGCAACAGCCCUUCCGCGGGCAUCGGCUCGUUCGCGGGAAACGGUUCCUUUGCGGGGAGGGGCUCGUGCGCGCCCGUUUCCGCCGCCUCCGCCUCCGCCUCCGCCUCCGCCUCCGCCUCCGCGUCUGCUUCCGCGCUCCCCGUGGUGGUGUGGCACGGGUUCUUCGACUCGUGCAGCAACGACAAGAGCGUGGGCUAUCUGCGCGCCGCCGUGCGGAGCGUGCUUCCAGACGUGUUCUUCCACUCGAUAUGCGUCAAGGAGGAGGGCAUCGACGAGGUCUGCGCGUCCCUCGCGGCCAUUCCGCAGCUGGCGGGGGGAUUCAACGCCAUCGGCAUCAGCCAGGGCGGGCUGCUCUUCCGCGCGUACGUGCAGCGCUGCAACUCUCCCCCCGUGCGCACGCUCAUCACGCUCGGUUCCCCCCACGCGGGCAUGGCGGCGCUGCCUUACUGCGGCCCGAGCAGGGAAAUUGAAGCGGAGACUAAACGGGAGAAUCAGGAGGAUAUAAAUCUCCCGGGGUGUAUGCGGGAUGGGGAUGAUGAUGACGUGGCGGCGAACGCCACGUGUAGCGCCAGCGUGGCAGCGGACUGGGAGGGGGAAAGCACGUGGCAGGAGGAGGAGGGGGAGGAAUCAGGCGGGCUUAGUACUUUAGGAGGCGUUGGCGUGUCGGCGUUGAGAGUGCUUGCAGCUAGCAGCAACGGCCUUAGCGGCUUUAGCGGCGGGUUCAGCGGACUCAGCAGCGGCUCAAAUAGUCUAAGCGGCUUCAGCAGCGGUCUAAUUAGCUUUAGCGGCGGCAUCAGCGGCGGAAGCUUCGCUGGAAGCAGCGAGAUUGCAGGAAGCGUGACUUGGGCGGUGCUUAGUGGCCUAGGAACGGCUAUAGACUUUUGUACACUUUUAAAACCGCAUAUGCACCGAAUUUACCUGCCCUGGGUACAAAAGUUAUUCAUGCCCGCGCAGUACUUUCGGCUUUGGCGACACAUGGAUCGGUACUUGCAGCGGAGCGCGUUUCUCGCGGAUAUCAACAACGAGCGCGGCCCGACGAGACGGAAUGAGACGUACGCUGCGAACGUGCGGAGCUUGGAACGGCUCGUACUGGUGCGAUGGCAAGAUGAAACGAUGAUCUCGCCUCCCCAAUCAUCGUGGUUCUGGUCGCACGACCGCUUCGGGAAUCUUCUCCCGCUACAAGAGCAGCCGAUGUUUGCAGAGGAUUGGCUGGGGUUGCGGACCCUGCACGAGAAGAAAAAGCUGCAUUUCACCACCAUGCCUGGCUCUCAUGGCAUCAUCAACCCCUCGCUCUUUGCCCGUGAGUUUGUUUCCAAGUAUCUCGUUCCUGAGCCAGCCAAAGCCGUUGCGUAA